AUGUACCGGGAGGCGGGCGUGGACGAGAAGGCGGAGGCUCUGUUAGGGGCGACUCUCUGCCUCGUCGAGACGGGCGACCUCGAGGCGCUGCGCGAGGAGAGCAGGAGAAGGGAGAGGGCCCUGCUCGACUACUUGCGUGCGCGCGUGGCGGCGGCGAGCGACGACGCGGCGCUCACGUUCGAGUACUUGGGCGCCUGCUGCGCCGCGGGGCAGGCUUGCACGCUCUUGCGCGAGGCAGGCGGGGCGGCGGGCAAGGACCCGCGCCCCCUCAUCAACGUCUGCGACCGGCACAACUUGUUUGGUGAGCUCGCGACGGCGCUGCUCGCGCGGCGGCAGCUGAGGCACCUGAUGCUGUACGUGCGGAGCGUCAACCGAGCCGCGUCGGCGCCGGUCUGCGCCGCGCUGCUUGAGGCCGGGUGCGAGGCGGCCAGGGUGGCAGAGGUGGUCUCCCCGCUGCACGCGCCGAGCGCUCCCGCGGUGCUCGGGUCGAUGCUCGACGCAGAGUGCCAGGCUGACGUCGUCGCUUCGCUGCUCGAGCCGCUCGACGGCACGCACCUCGCGCAGGACGACUCGCUCGCGGCGUCGCUGAUCGAGGCGGCGGCGGGCCGCAACAAGCUGCCGCUGCUGAAGCCGUGGCUCGACGCGCGCAAGGCCGAGGGGCUGCCUCCCGGCGCGCCAAACAGCGAGGCGAUCGAGGGCGCGAUCAAGCAGAUCAAAAAGUGGUGGUGAUGCGCCGUGUGUGCGGUGGAGGCGCAUAGGGGGGGGGGGGGGCUGCUGGAUGGUGUGAGAUGCCGGUACGCUGCGGAGGAGCUGCCAGAGGGGUGAGCUGGUCUCAGCCUCAGGGGGCCGUCGUGGGGCACAUCAUGGCCCGGGAGCUUACGAGUGUCUUCGUCCCGCUGUGUGCCCCGCUGUGCGGUAUGGAGUGUAUGCGUGUAUAAAGGUUUUAAUAAGCCGAUAGAGGUG